UGGCCAAGUUAACAUAAACAGAGGAUAUUAUAAAAAGAUACACAGUAUACAUUCUAAUUAUCAGCAAUUAACGAUAAUAGCAACGUGGUUGGUUGUUCGGAGAGUCAGGAAAGCAGAGAAAGAAAUCAAACUAAAAAAGCUACUUCUUUGACCACCCAACCAACCAGAAAGCCAGUACACUCACCCCUCUGCAGUUGUUGGCAAUGGCAGCAGCAACUUCAUCAUCAUCAUGGCUGCAUCCUGACAUGGUUGUUACAAUCACUCACCAAAUCUCAUUUCUUCUUACCGGGUUAUCGACAACACUUGGAACCCAGUUUUUAUUCUAUUCCGGUGCUGCCACGGGUGACAGUUAUUUAACACAACUGGCACAAUACACAGGCAUGGUAUUGGUGGGAUUAAUCAUCCCUAUCAUUCUAUCCCGGCAAAAGCAGCAAUAUACCAGCGUAGCAACAACCGAUGAUGCAGACGACGUAGCAAAUCGAAUCAGUAUGGAUGUUUUGGAUGAAGACGAAGAAAAGCCUGCGAGCCCAACUGAGACGACAAUGAAAGCGUCAAAAAUAUCAGACGGACCGAUUCCGCACAAGUCCGUCAUGAAGCUGGCCUUAUUAGAUGUAAUGGCCAAUUUCUCGGUCACUAUGGGGUUUGCAGCCAUUGGCUCAGGGAUGUAUCAGGUCAUCUAUUCCAGCGUGGUGAUCUGGUGCGCCAUUCUAACCUACUUUCUCAUGGGACGAACUUUAUCAAAGCUUCAAUGGUUCGCCAUUUUUGGAACCAGCGCAGGAUUAGCGCUCAGCUCGCUUGGAAGUUUCGAGACGCCUGACAAAAAUUCGUCAAGCGGUGCUAUGAGCUUGACGACAGGCACACUGUUGACGAUGGUCGGGACUUUCGGCUACUCAUGCAUGUAUGUGUACUCGGACCAUAUCUUAUCAAAGCAAAUACCAUCCCCCCUACCAGCCCGUGUGUGUUUCACCACAGGCAUCUACGCCACUGUUUUGGCUUUGGUUUGGAUUGCUGCCUAUACUCUGCCGCGUUUCGAUACCCUCAUUCAGAUACAACCGAGCGUGAGCAUUUCGUCAGUGUGGGGAAUGUACGCCCUUGUGGCCUUGUCCAACACUAUCCAUUCUUACAACUAUUACGAGCUGAUUGACAGAACGGGCAAUGUCGCAACAGGUAUAUUGCAAGGUCUUCGAGCAAUCUUGGUAUAUGGUAUUAGUCACGCUUGGUAUUGCAGCAUUGAUGCAGCUCAGUGCUUUACGGCAUACAAGGGCUGCGGAUCGAUUCUGGUGAUUGGAUGUGUGCUGUUAUUUACUGUUGGAGGUGGCGGUCGAAAAAAGAAAUAAACAUGGAGAUUAUUGUCAACCGCGUGACAAUCGAUAAAGUAGACAAAGAGAAAGAUGUGUUGUUGUUGUUGUUGUUGGGGGGGGAUGGGGGAUGGGGGAUAGGAAUGGAAGAGUGGAGAAGACAGGGCGUUGUGUAAAGAAAAAGGAAAUAGUAACAUCGUGGGAAUGACAGGCAUCCUGCAGAGAUAAUAGAAGGAGGGAGUGAAGGAGUAAUAAGCACCACAUCCAGGGUAAUAUCAUGUGUCUUGAAAACUAAUCUUUCGGAUCGAUAAAGCGUUUGCGUCGAACCCAAUUCGUCUUUGAUGCAAGAUAAAAAAGUAAAUCGCCGAUAGUAGCUGAUUAUAGGGCAGGGCGUGGGUGGGUGGGUGAAUGGGGCAGAGACAAACGACGACAGCACAAGAAGAAGCUGCGAGA